GACUGUCUAAAUUCUCCAGAUUUUAAUUCCAACUAUUGUAAAAUAUCUAUAACAAUGGCCGGUGGACUAGGAAACGUUCAGGAUGUGACUGCAGAUAUUGAAGCUUUUUGUAAAGAGGUCAAAUCCACUGUAGAGAAGCAUGCGAACAAGGCGUAUGAUGUCUACACUCCCAAAGCAUUCAGGGAACAAGUCGUGGCCGGGUCAAAUUACUUUGUCAAGGUGCAUGUGGGAGGAGAGGAGUAUAUCCACCUGCGCCUCUUCCAGGACCUGCCCUGCAAUGGCGGCAAGAGGGAGGUCCACAGCCUGGCCACCAACAAGACAGCAGCAGAUGAGAUCCUCUACUUCUAGCAAGCUCACAGACCCAGAGCCCAGAGCCCAGACCAAGAGCCCGGACCGGACCCGGACGCCGGACACCCAGCCUGCCUACCGCAGAAAAAUACAACAAAAAGCAACACAAAAUCCAACACAACGGCACCGUCCUGAAAUACAACAAAUAAAAGGCAUAGAAGCCCCUAAAGGAAGUUUGUUACUUUAAAAAGACAGAAAAUCCAAUAAAUGUUUGGAGAUGUGAAAAUCCACCGUGGCUCUUUAUUGCUUUGGCAUGUAUUACUAUGUACUACAUAUUGAAAACAAUCAGUUUACAAUAUUAUUACUAAUUACGCCACCCUGCCUACCGCAGAAAAAUACAACAAA